AAGUCUGGCUGAUUUUGGGAAGAAUGAAUGUGGUUUUUUAUAAUUUUUGGCAAAUUUCUUGAAAGUUUAAGUUACACUUUUUCUCUCUCUUUCUCUUUUUCAGGACAGGAGACAACAACGAUCACACCUGGUGCCACCCUCGCAAACAGCACGCACUUCUCCACGCACACAGAGCCCAGCCCCAGCCCGGCACCGAGCAGCUCAGCACGCACCAGCAGCUCCGCUGCCCUCACCGCACGCACUCCCUCCGGAAAUGCUACAGCAGAUGGUUACUAUUCAACAUCCUUGCACAGCACCACCUCAUCAGUCAGCAUGCCAGCAAGCACUGGGAUCAGCCCCACUUUCAGCUCCACUCACACAAUAGAAACUACCACAGUGAUACCUGAAGCAACUUGUGAUAUUAUUGGAGACGUAAGAGACAGUAAGAACAACUCAAAAAAUGCUGAAGUUUUACUAAAAAUUGACACAAAAGACAGAGAAUAUUUUAUUUUGGGGAAUGGCAUAAAAAUAAAUGUGAGUUCCAGCAACCGUUCAGUAGAGCUUCCGAAAUGCCAGAUAUAUACUGUUCAAGUAAAAAAUGGCAGAUGUUCAGACAAUGAUUCUUUUCUCAUUCCAAAAGUUGCGAAUGAACCUCUAGAAGUCAAGGUCAAAACCGCCACAUUUGCCCUGUUAUGCUGGAAUAGCUCACUUGACUGUGCUAAUGUGACUGUUACCUGCAAUGGGAUAUCACCUCUAAAGUAUUCUGGAAAUUCACAGUCUACACACUCAAAACAUGAAAACCAAAUUUGUGAAAUGAUGGAAGAUUUAUCACCAAACCAUCAGUACCACUGCAUUGGAUCCAUAUAUUUUACUGAAAAGAAUGUUGCCAACCAAAGCUUCACCAUACUUACAGACUAUGGUGCUCCAGAAGCACCACAUAAUCUUCAAGUAACACAUAAAAAUACCACAAGUGUAACAGUUACAUGGACAGAACCUGAGGACACUUCGAAGGGUCCUAUACAUGGCUACUCUGUGGAGUUCAUUGUGAAAGGCAAAAUGGUUCAUAACACAGAUAUCAACACAACUCACUAUACUUUCAACGGAUUUGAACCUUAUACCACAGCUUCUGUAACUGUGACUCCAUAUACAAUCAACAAACAGGGUUUCAGAGUUGAAGGUAGCAGUGAAAGCCAUGAAUUUACAACAAAAGCAGGAGUACCACAAAAAGUGACUGAUGUUAAAAAAACAUUGACAGCUGAUAAUGCUGUACAGAUUACUUGCAAAAAACAAAAAGAGUUUGGACCACGUGCAGAAUUUAAAUUGAUUUGGGAGAAUGACGGAAAAACUGAAAGCAAAGACAAAUGUGAAUUUAAAAGAGAAAAUCUCUUGUACCUGACAAAUUAUACAUUUAAGAUCUUCGUGUUUAAUGGAGAACAUAAUGGGACAGCAGUAAUGGGGAGUAUAAAAACCAGAUAUAAUUCUAGAGCCUUGAUUAUAUUUUUGGCAUUCUUGAUCAUUGUGACUGUAAUUGCUUUACUACUGGUUCUGUACAAAAUCUAUGAUCUUCACAAAAAAAAGCUUAGCAAUUCUUCUGAAGGCGUGAACCUUGUUGCAGUUAAAGAUGAUGACAAGCAACUUCUCAACAUAGAGCCAAUACCUUCAGAGCUAUUGCUGGACACAUACAAGAGGAAAAUUGCAGAUGAAGGAAGGCUCUUCUUGGAAGAAUUUCAGAGUAUUCCUAGAGUUUUCAGUAAAUUUUCUAUAAAGGAGGCCAAAAAGAGCCAUAAUCAGAACAAAAACCGUUACAUUGAUAUUCUUCCAUAUGACCAUAACCGUGUUGAGCUCUCUGAGAUGCCAGGAGAUCCAGGAUCAGACUAUAUCAAUGCAAGUUAUAUUGAUGGUUUCAAGGAACCAAGAAAAUACAUUGCUGCACAAGGCCCAAAGGAUGAAACCACAGAUGAUUUCUGGAGAAUGAUCUGGGAAGAGAAGGCAACGAUUAUUGUCAUGGUGACUCGCUGUGAGGAAGGAAAGAGGAACAAAUGUGCCCAGUACUGGCCAUCAAUGGAGAAUGGAACCGCAACAUAUGGGGACAUCAUUGUGAAGAUCUAUGAAAGUAAAACGUGUCCAGAUUACAUCAUUCAGAAACUGCACAUCACAAAUGGAAGAGAAAAGACAGCUGGAAGAGAUGUCACUCAUAUCCAGUUCACAAGCUGGCCAGACCAUGGAGUCCCUGAAGAUCCACAUCUCCUUCUCAAACUCCGACGCAGAGUUAACGCUCUCAGCAACUUUUUUAGUGGUCCAAUUGUAGUUCAUUGCAGUGCUGGCGUUGGGCGCACUGGGACGUACAUAGGAAUUGAUGCCAUGCUGGAGGGGCUGGAUGCAGAAGGCAGAGUGGAUGUUUAUGGCUACAUCGUGAAACUGCGUCGGCAGCGAUGCCUCAUGGUCCAAGUAGAGUCACAGUACAUCCUUAUUCAUCAAGCACUGGUGGAAUACAAUCAGUAUGGAGAAACAGAGAUCAGUCUCUCAGAACUGCAUUCCUCCCUUAACAAUCUGAAAAGGAAAGACCACCCGAGUGAGCCUUCUCUGCUGGAUGCAGAGUUCCAGCGAUUGCCUUCCUAUAAGGGAUGGCGGACGCAGAACACUGGGAAUCGGGAGGAAAAUAAAAGCAAAAAUAGGAAUGCCAACGUAAUUCCUUAUGACUUUAACCGAGUGCCCAUCAGGCAUGAAGAAGAUUGCAGUAAGGAGGGUGAACAUGAUUCAGACGAGUCCUCGGAUGAGGACAGCGACUGUGAGGAAUCCAACAAAUACAUCAAUGCUUCCUUCAUAACUGGUUACUGGGGUCCAAAAGCCAUGAUUGCAACACAGGGACCACUGCAGGAAACUAUCUCUGACUUCUGGCAAAUGGUGCUCCAAAGAAAAGUCAAAGUCAUUGUUAUGUUGACAGAGCUGAAGGAAGGAGAUCAGGAACUCUGUGCACAGUACUGGGUAGAAGGAAAGCAAAUGUAUGAUGGCAUAGAAGUUCAAAUGGCAGAUGUCAACUCUGGUCCUAGCUAUACCAUACGUGCAUUUGACGUUACACAUCUGAAGGCAAAAGAAACUCAGAAGGUGUAUCAAUAUCAGUACCAUAAGUGGAGUGGCUGUGAUGUUCCAGAAUCCCCCAAAGAUUUAGUCAGCAUGAUUCUCAACAUUAAACAAAAACUUCCAGCCAGACCAGUGACUGAGGACAACAGGAGAACCCGCAGUGUCCCACUCCUUGUCCACUGCUGUGAUGGAUCACAGCAGACUGGUGUAUUUUGUGCUUUAAUGACCCUUUUGGAAAGUGCAGAAAUAGAAGAAGUAAUAGAUGUUUUCCAAGUAGUAAAAUCUCUUCGUCGCACCAGGCUAGGAAUGGUCUCCACCUUUGAACAAUACCAAUUUCUGUAUGACACCAUUGCCAGUACCUACCCUGCACAGAAUGGACAAAUAAAGAAGAACAGCCAGCAGGAAGAUGAAGUUGAAUUUUGCAGUGAAGUAGGAAAAUCAGAUCAGGAGGCUGAUUUGAUCACAACUGAUCUUUCCCCAUCACAACCAGAAGAAACUGAGCCACAUGAAAUAUGUGAUGAUUCUAAGGCUGCAGAUAGCACUAAGGGAACAGAAAGCUCUACAAAUGGCCCCACAGGUGCAGUUCUUAACUUAGAGCUAGAUUAAGAAAAAGUGCUUUUUCAAAUGCAAAAAGUCUUAAGCGAAAUGAGAGGUAUAAGAUUUCUUCCUCUUCCCACUUUCUUUUUUUUUUGAAAAUGUUCAGUUAUUUCAGUUUUUGAAAGGUACAAAUUUAAAGGAAUACUUGAAACUUGUAGAGAGUGACAAAGAACUGUGGAAUUUUAUUUUUGUGUAGAUUUGCAUUUAAUACUUCUCCAGAAACCUUGACUAUUUUUAUACUUUUUCUUUUAAAAUCAUGUACGAUGUAAUACUACGCUGAACAGUGCAAAGCAAAAUUUUUUAUUUCUGUAAAAAGAUAAAAAGAACCUCAGAACAAGAUUAUUGUGUUGCAAGAACAGGUCUGUCCUCAAAACUAAUAGCAAGUAAGUGAACCUAUUGGUAAGCAUAUAUUCGAGUAUUUCAGGACUAAUGAGAGCAUUAAUAAUACUUUUGGGACCUGUGGGACUUUGCCAAAGAGUUUUAAGAGCUUAUAAUUUACAUCACGUGGUAAUUCCAAGGAAUUCAGCCUUAAAAAGGGUGUGUAAAUCCUCCCAUAUCAAUGCAGAAUAUAAUUUUUUUGCAUUUU